AUGUCUGGCUUAGAAAUUCUUGGUAUUACGGCCAGCAUAGUCCAGGUUGCAGAUCUAGGCGCAAGAGUAUCUGUGAAUCUGUUCACCUUCAGCCGCACUGUCAGAGGUGCCCAGAAGAGUAUUCAAGGUAUCUCGGAAGAGAUAGCGGUCACAAGCACAGUACUCAGUCAACUCGGCAAUGAACUGAAAAGGAUGUUCCAGGGAAGCCAAAACCACAGCCAAGAAUAUCACGACUGCUGUCAAGAUAUCUUCAAGCAACUAGAGCAUGCCAUCAAUACGAAUGACCAAGAGUCCGGCGCUUCAGCUACGCUCACAGACUUGAAAAAGCGAUUGAAAUUUACGUUUAUGGAGCCACACAUCGACAGUCUUCAAAGCAAGCUUGAGAGGUUCAAGAGCUCAUUACUUGUCAUGCUCAACCUUUUGAUAUUUGCUGGCCAGGUCAGAAGGUUUGUUAUGCCGAGUCACGAAUCUCUUCGCUUGCUUAAAGAGCAAAACGCGCUGCUACAAGGGUUAGCAUCUAGCGAUGCUGCAAGCUUGCUGCGAGAACGAGCGCAAGAGCAGCCUUCAGAAAAUUCGAAGGCUGAAGCACAGAAAUGUCCAAUCAGCACUAUGACAAGCACUACUAAGCUCAAUAGAUAUACUUCCAAGCCUCCCAUUUAUGCUAAGUUACUCUAG